UGCAUUCUGCGUUCACGAGUGAUGUCGGAACCAGAGAUUCAUUCAGACAGAGAGGACGACUACAGGUUUCUCCACAGCAUGCUGAUGGAGAAGAAACUCCAUCUGCUCUUUAAGAUCCAUGAGCGUUUGAAGCGCUUUGAGGAGCGAUGCCCAGUCCCUGUCCAGGAGAACGCAGCGAGUCUGGCCUCAGAAUUGGCUGAGGGGCUGAUAUACCAGAGUUGGAGAGAUGAAGCCAAAGAACUGGUUGACCUUGUUUCUAAACCCCAUUUUAUGAGUUUCCUGUUUGUCCAUGACUCUGUAGCUCAGAGAGACUUUGAGCCCACUCUGCCACCCAUACCUGAUGACGUCCUGGACAGCGACGAGGAUACAGUCAAAUAUGUCAGUCUGUACAAAACCAAAGAGCCUCUGGGGGCAACUAUUAAGAGGGAUAGAUCCACUGGGGCGAUUGUUGUGGCGAGGAUCAUGAGAGGAGGUGCUGCUGAUAAAAGCGGCCUGAUCCACGAAGGAGAUGAGCUUAAAGAGGUGAAUGGAGUCUCACUGGAGCACAAAAAGCCAAACGAAGUCCUUCCUCUUCUGGAUUGUUCUCAAGGUGAAGUGAAGUUCAAAAUCAUUCCAGCCUCAUCCAGCGGAGAAAUGUCACCACAUAAGAAGAAGAUGUUCUUGCGGCCUCUUUUUGAUUAUGAUCCUCUUGAGGAUCCUGCGGUUCCCUGUAAAGAUGCAGCAUUGGUCUUUAAAAGAGGCGAAGUCCUCCAGAUUGUCAGUAUGGAGGAUGACACCUGGUGGCAGGCCUGUCACCUCGGGGACAGCGGCACUCGGGCAGGACUCAUCCCCUCCAAGCAGCUCCACGAAAGGAGAGUUGCACUACAGCGACCUAAAGCUCUGUUCAGGCCUCGACCAGUCAAACCACCAGAUGAGGGGGAAGUCACAGAGGAUGUAGACUACAGAGCUAUAACCGGGAUCCACAUUGCUGGUUUAAGAAGAAGCUUUCGGCUCGGGAGAAAGAGUAGCUGGGCCAGAGAAGCAGCACGGGCCAAGAGGUGGAGCACAGGCAUACACAGAACAUUUACUGCACCUACCUACAUAGAGGUGAUCCCACACUACAGAAACUCCACGGACAGACACCGUUUGGUCGCACUGGUUGGGCCUAGCGGCGUUGGCGUAAGUGAACUGAAGAGGAGGCUGCUGAUAUCCGACCCUGACCACUAUGGCGUCACGGUGCCGUACACCACACGUGAGAAGAGGAAGCAGGAGAAAGACGGAGUGGAUUAUCAUUUUGUAUCCAUUCACAUGUUUGAAGAGGAUAUUCUCAAUCAAAGGUUUAUAGAGUAUGGGAGACACAAAGCACACUACUACGGUACUAGUCUAGACUCUGUGAACAGAGUGAUGGCUGAGGGCAAGGUGUGCCUCCUGGAUGUGCACCCUAGUAAAAUAAAGCACGUGUACACGUCUGAAUACAAACCCUACGUGGUGUUUGUGAAGCCCCCACGCAUCGAGGAGCUACGCCUCACCAGACGGAGAGCUAAAUUCAUCUGUGACGAAGAGAACAAGAACUCAGUGAGGAUCUUCUCAGAGGAGCAGUUUGAGGACAUGAUUGACUCAGCUGAAACCAUGGAGAACCAGUGCGGUCACUUGUUUGACAAAGUGAUUGUUAACGGUGAUAUCGCUGUUGCGUUCCGAGAGCUGAAGGCCGACCUAAAGAGGGUGGAAGAGGCAGACGUCCAGUGGAUUCCUGCAGAGUGGAUUUGCCCCUCUUCUCCAACAAAAGCACGGAGAAGUUGUGGCUAUUUGGGUGGCUGGAUUUGAAUUUUGAAACCACAAAAAAAAAGAGCAAAACAAAAAGAAUUGUCUUAAUUUCUAUUCAUAAACAUUGAAUUUCUAUCAUAUUUUGUUUUCCAUUUGUAAUUAAGUCCUCCCACUACCACAGUUUUCCAUAGUGUCCCCCGGUGUGUAUAGAAUUAGGCAAACAGAAUCCAUCACUCUCUUUCUUCCUCAGGUUGUCUUAGAGCCAGUUUUUCUGCUGGCAUCAAGCUGAAAUAACGUCGACUCACAGGAUGGAGGAGACGAAGAAGUAGGGAAAAAAGGAAACUCUCCAGAGUUUGUGGCUGAGUGUAAUCGUCCCCUGCCAAGUCGCAAACAUCAGCAUGUAAUUAUUCUGACAGCUGCUGCACUUCAAUUAACUGUAAUGUACACCAGAGAAAUAUUAUUAGUAGCAGCCAGGGAGACAUGCUGCCAACAACAAGCUGAACAAAAUAAGGACAGACAGAAGAUAACAGUCGAUUAAAGACUGUGCAGGAAAGAGGAGGAAAACCUGUUUCAUGGCUGCAUGUUUCAGGAUUGUACACAACGGCGGCGGGGGGGCUCUCAGUUUCCCUCCGGAGAGAUAAAACGUCAUCAAGUGCAAUCUCAGGUGCCCUUCCAAUCAAGGUUGGAAAUGUACUUUUUCGCCCACCUGCCACUGAGGCUGGUGGAUUUAAAAAUUAACCAGCCAAUCUUUUUUUUACCAAAAACUUUACUUUGACCGGUAGCAUAAUGUAAUGAUGUAUAAUAUUAUAAUCAAGGCUUAUAUUAAUUGGGUAUUUUAUGGAAGGAAAUGCUUCAGCUAUUAAAGAAGGAGGAGAGGCAGGAUAAGCAAUCAUUGUUUUGAGAUUGUUUCUGCUGGAAAAAGUGAGUUAUAUUUUGUGCUCAUGCAUAAUCCAAUCUUAAGGUAUGACAACACCCUUCACCUCCCAAAUCUUAAACAUUUUAACAAUGCACUAUUUAGCACCUUAAUUUUCUGCAUGCUGAAACCCCAUGUCAUACAGAUGGUGCCCUUUUUAUUUUUUCCGCCCUGUGCCCUUCAGCAGCCUGAGUACGCUUCUGCACUAGCUGCUUAAUCUAAUUCUUUUUUAACCCCUGAAUUCCUGUACAUGCAUGAUGUUUCCUUCCUCUUCUUGGACGCUGUGCUCAAUUGGGUGUGAAGGAGUGUUAAUGUGUCUAUCAUGUCGUGUUUUGGGGGGGAGCUGCAUGAUGUGGGGAGACGGUAAUUACUUUCCAGGGAUUUUUGCCUUUGCAGACAUAUGGAGAGAAAGUUACGACGGAACAUAAAAGCUUACUGUAAAAGCAUGUUGAGGCUCUACACAGUCUAUUAGGCUGCAGGGAUAAAUAGCAUUAACAAACUGACCUUUAGUUUGUUUUAUUUCACUUUAACAUGCGUACUGUCAGUGUCAAACAUAACUGCAUACUCAAAGAAGACAGAAGAAUAAAUGGAUGAGUGCAGAUGCAAUCAUUGGUGUGUCUACAUGUCUCCUGUGCAAUAAAACGUAAGA